GAAAACUAAUCACAGCGCACUAGUUAAAAAUUUGCUUUCAAUUACCGACUACAAAUAGGUGGGAUGAUAUAUUAUUAGAUUUUAUAAACGAAUAACAGUUAUUGUUAUUCUAUAAAACAGAUGACCUUAAAAUGGAUAUCGUUGGAUUAAUAUCAACGAGACAACAAUUUGUGAUUUAGAUAUUAUACCUGGAAGGGGCGUUCCGUUGUUGCAUGAUAAACGGCGCCAGUCCACACGGCAGGACCGGGUUCAAAUCCCAUCCGGACCGUCCCCACGUAACAAGGACUGACUAUCCGGCUACGCGGCAAAAUAAGUCUAGUUAGCCAGAAAUGGCCGGCGUGACCUGUAAGGUCGUUAAAGCCAAGAAGAGAGACCUGGAUUACAAAUCUUCGUUAUUUAAGCUUGUUGCUAAGAAUUAUGAAAUAGCAAAUAUGUCCUCGCAAGGGAGAUUCACAAUAACAACUUAACCUAUGCAAUGAGAGAGCAAACGGUCACACACAGAACGGCACAUCACGAUUAAGCGUCGAAUCAUUCCUCCAGUAAAUGUUUGCUUUUAUUCAACAAUGUGAUACUGGAAAUUAGUAAAUGGAUUGCAGAGGAACAGAGGAUUGUUUUUCAAACAUGGUUGAUUCCUUUCCUUUUAAAAAACAGCCAAGCACAUCAGAGUAUUUAUUAGACUGGAUUGUUAAUACAUCGAUACUGCUAGAAACUCCCUGCUGCUAGAAGAAAUGCUAAAAAACCCCUCAAGGGUAUUCAAUAUUAACCUUCCCAUACAUAAUUUCGACGUCAUUGUGCUACAUAAAUUAAGCCAAGGAUGUGAAUAAAGAAGUGCAUGUCUUACAUCUAAGCGUAUGUAAAUUGAAGCUUUCAAAUUUUCACUUGCUUAUUACAAAAAAAUAUAUAUAUAAAGAAAGAGACAAUAUAGAUUGGAGAAACACGUGCAUGCAUCACACUUGAACGAUCUGGAUGAUCACUAUGAUACCCCUCCGUUGUUAUUUGUGAGUAGUCGUUGACUAAUACAUAAAGGUUCUCCUGCUAUGGAGUGCAGUAUUCUGAUCUCAGCUUUCGAGACUCCUGGGAACAGUCGAGAUUUAGUGAUACCUGAAUUACUGGCAACACUAAAACUGUGGUAGCGAAUUAUUGAUACUGAACACGAAGUCGUAAAAUUCGUGAAUGCUUGGUUAAAUUCUGACGAUGUGAGGCUUUUUAAUUUGUCUUGAAUAUACAUUUUGAUUUCACCACUUUUCUAAUAAAUUAAUUGUAUUUUAAAAAUACCUCAAAUUUAAUCGUUCUCUCUCGCUCUCAAACCAAUGUUGAGUUAGGCGUGUGAUUCAUCAUCAUCAUCAUCAGUCCAACGCGCGCUCAACAUUUUGAAUUUUCUCCAAGUUGUUCAAAAUGCUCCACUUGCCUCUCUCGCGAAUAAGAGAGAUCCCAUCUCCUACGGCUGAGCCAUGCAAAACCAUGUGUUGCAGCACACCCCACGGUACAGUUACAUCGGGCUGAAGCUCGUACCGAAGACGAAAGGCUUCCAAGACGGGCCAAUUAUUUUAGUUCGGAUUCACCUUCCUACCGUUUGAGAUGUGUUUCUUCGUGCCGCGUGCCAUAUUUUAAUUUCCGCAGAUUUUUUAACUCUGUGAAGAUCGACGCGUGCAAGUUCUAGCAAGUUACAGUGCAAGUGCGAUCGUUUGUGUAUAAACUACUCGUUUGCUGUACAACAUUUUGUCUUCAAGCCCGUGUGUUUGUGGUAUAAUACCUGGAAACUGAAAUGGAAGCUGAAAAUCCUCCAACAAUUGUUGAAUCGAGAAGAUGCCGUACCGAUAAGAAUCUGGUGGCAUUUAUAAUUGAGCGUGGAAUGAGAUUGAUCGAACCGAUGGAGCGGCACGUGUUGUUCUGGAUCAGCAUCAAAAGUAAUGAUUACGCAUGGUGGAUGUACGAAAACUACGAUGGGCAACGUGUGUGUAAUUGGUUAAAACAUCCUCUGAAUUUACAUAGCAACAAUUCCAAAAACCGCUUAAUGGAGCAACUGAAUCAGCUCAUUGCUUACUGUGAGCCCAAUUCCUACGUGCUCAAGGUGGCAUAUCUGGGCAGGGCUUUAAUGGCGUACGAAUCUAAGGAAGAUUUCUAUUGCAUGUAUAAUAUAUGGGAUGCUGAGGAAAUUGAUGCGAUCCUAAAUUUUCCCAACGAAUCUGCAAAGCGUGAGUUCGACGAAUUGUACGAUAGGGCGCACAGUCGACGAUUAGGUAAUCGGUAUCCGUCUCCAUAUAACGACCGCAGCAACUGCAUUAAUUAUGUCGUGUGCAAUAAUUCGCCGAGGUAUGGCCGAUAUCUGCACGGCAAAUGGAAUGUGAUGAAGGGAAACUUGGUUCUGCGCGAGUUACCAUUCGUGAGACUACUGCUGUCUGGAGACCGUUGGAUGAGGUGUCAUCACUGCCUGAUCUACGCUCCGCUUGUUCUGAUUCCGUGCCGAGGCUGCUCGAUAAUGUUGUACUGCUCGAAAUCGUGCCGGGACCGUGCCAAACAGGAGUACCAUUCGUUCGAGUGUCCCAUUAUCUUUAUGCUGCUGUCUCAGUAUACGCCCAUCGAGGUUCUCGCGUUGCGUUCCACGAUCUGUGCGUACAAGAAGUUUUAUGAAAUGCCGGGCGUACUGGAGAAUUUCAUACGUUCUGUGUGUAUGUCCGAGAAAUGGGUACAUCAGUACUGUACCCCGAACGGGCGCUACAAAAAUCCGGAGGACGCCUAUGGAAAGGUCUACCAAUUGGCUACCAACCGAAGCCGUUUGACGAGAGAAAAACUGACCACCGACGGCUUAAGGGGUGUCGCGCUGGCUAAGCUUCUCGUGCGCGCGAAUAAUAUACCGACCAGUAACGUGGAACUGCUGGCCGAGCUGACCGUGCGCCAUAUGCACAUCCUACGUGUCAACGCACUGGUGCUCCAUUGUUCGGUGGACGACCCUGCGAAGGAUUGCUUCGAUGACAGAUCGGUGCCAUACGCACUAGCUCUCGUUACGACGGGCAGUAUGUUCAAUCAUUCCUGCACCCCCAACGUGGACUACUCGUUGUCUACGGAUGGCACAAUAGAGUUCAGGGCGAAUCGGAAUAUUCCCUGGGGGAAACAGAUGCGCAUCAACUAUCGGUAAGUACGGAGGGUCAGUUUUGGAACGAGUAAUUCGGUGCUAAUCGAUGUCGUUCGAUCUCUUCUACAGUCGCAACUCGAGGGAUGACAGAUACUUCUUUAAAUGCCACUGUCUUGAGUGUCGUUUGUGCGCAAGAACCCCAAGUGGUGUGCCAUCAUCAGCUACAGAAUAGGAGGGAGGAUCUUAAGUUAAGUUAAACUUCAUCUUUAUCAUCUACCUUUCUACAAUCUUUAACACACUACAGGGCGAUUAGUCAACUUUGGACUAGAGGAAAUUUAAAAUUUCAAAUUUGUAAUAUCCUAUUUUCGAAUUCUUGAUUACAAAAAGUGUUUAAACCCAAAAGUGAUAUGAUACAGGAUAGGAAAGAAGAGCCAAAAUUUUGCAGCUUAUGUCUAGGUAACUUAUGUACGUAUAACGUAUUUCUUUACUUGUUUACGCACUUAAGUACUGUAAAAAACAUUUAAAUAGAAACGUAUUAAUAUACACCAAAAAAGCCUUUAGCGUUAAGCAGUAGGAUAUUUAAAUCAUCAUAAUAAAGUGAGAUUUCUCAUAGUUUUGCCAUAUAAAUCACGUUUGUUAAAUUGGUGGCCCGCGGGACACAUGAAGUAUGCGAUACAGGGUUUUUCUAUUCAGUUUAGACUAGCCGCACACAUAAAUAGCGCUUUAGGAUAAAGCUAAGGGCAGAUUAAUUUGAUCAUACUAAGGGGAAACGCUGCCCGAGUAACAAGCGGAAAUAAAAAGGGAAAUCGCCGGCCCAGUGAAGGAUUGUUGUAAUAAAGUGUUAAACCUAAACUUGUAAAGCUUUUUUCAGUUUAGCGUUUUUAUGAAUGUAAUAUCACAAUAUAAACAGUCGUGUGUGUAGGGCUGCGUACAAAAAUGUGUCUUAACACCA